AUGCCACUUGACAUUUCAAAGACCAUUUUAGAGGAGCUUAGGCCCGGGUUAGAGAGCGAACUCGUAAAUCGAUACCGCGUGGAUGCAGAGGAGGCAAAAGACAUUGCUGAAUACAUAAUAUUCUUGAUUCAAACUAAGGACACCAAAGAACAGGUUUAUACAGAAAUAUUAGAUGUGGCGGAGUUCCCAGGAGAUAAAGGCUUUAUGGAUCUUGUUUUCGACGAGAUUGCGAAUAUUCAACGCAGGUACCAACAAGCUUCUGGAACGAAUGGGUCCAGUACAACUAGUGGGGGAGAUACACAUACUCCAUCCCCUGCUGAUCAAAAUCAAGGAGAUCGUUAUGUCCCUGGUCCAGGAUCAAGUGCUCCUCAACUACUUCGUGCAACAAACUCGCCAGUGGCUCCCCCACCAAGCGGUAUCCACACCAAGCCGCGUCCAUCAGGACCCACACCACCAACUGGACCUAAACGAUUGUCUGAACAGGAGAAACUUGCUUUGAGAAACAAAAGAUUUGGCAAUGACUCAUCUGUACGUAAUAACAAGGGGGGAAUAACGAAGUCAAGGCCAAACGAACGUGGGAAUACAAGGAGACCACCUCAGGUGACAGAAAAGUUGGAGAGGUUUAUCAAUUCCAGAGACAACAACAACAACAAGGAUAGCAACAGUCAGGAUAGUGUAACAAAAUUUGCGCAUCAUAAACCAAAAGGAAGGUGCCCCCGUUUCCCAAAAUGUACCGUCGCAAAUUGUGAGCUUGCUCAUCCAACUAAGAAUUGCUUCAAUUACCCCGACUGUCCAAAUCCACCAGGAACUUGUAACUUUUUGCACCCAGACCAGGAUCAAGAGUUGAUUACCAAAUUAGAAGAGUCACAGAAGGAGUAUCAAGAACGAAAAAAGAAACUGAUUGAAUUGCAACAAGGAACUUGUAAGUUUGGUGCAAGAUGUGCCAAGGAGGGGUGCCCAUUUGCUCAUCCCACACCCGCAAACCCAGAAGCUAAGAUCGACACCUUGGAGUUUUGCUCUGCUGGAAUCAACUGUCAAGACAAUGAAUGUAAAAAAGCACAUCCAAGGGCACCAAGUUCUUCUGUUAAACCAUUGCCAUCAAUUGAUGAACUUGCAUUGGAGCAGUGUAAAUAUGGCAUGAACUGUACCAAUUACAAGUGUGUUAGAAGACAUGCAAUGUCUGCUGUCCCCUGUCGUGCUGGUUUAGAAUGCAGAAGAGUUGAUUGCACAUUCAACCAUCCUUUUAGAGAAAUGUGCCGAUUUGGAACUGCUUGCCAUAUUGCCACUUGUAUGUAUCAACACCCAGAGGGAAGAACUAUGGUACCUCAUACAUGGACAAAGAAUGAUGGCGCACAGAAUCAAGUGAAUGAACGACAAUUUGCCGUUGGUGAAGAUCAGGUUAUGGAACAAGUUGCUCAACAAUGA